UUUUCUUUCGACCGUCACCCUGUCGUCAUUCUGGAAGUUGUCCGGUCAAAUAACGUCCCAUGCAAACAGACGGUGGUUAAACGCUAGCGCUAAGGCGAACAAAAGAACGUCGACGAAAUGAAGUAAUUAUGGGAUGUUUCUCCUCACUGAGACGGCAGCACAAGUAGACAGGUUGAUGACAGAACGUGUAGAUCUAAUAGUUCCUCGGAAGGUGUCCAUCCUCUUCCCCUGACACAAUAUGAACCACAGAUGGGCUCCAAACAUCUGGGUGAAAAUAGACCGAGCAUCUUUAGUGCGCCAGACUCAUUCUCGCAGGUCAGCGGCUUUACUCCUCCUGUUUGGCACCUCUCCCUGCGGGGUCCAUGUGCAGCAACCUGUCGGCUACCUCAGCCUGAGGCACUUCAGUCACCUGAAGAUUAGAGGCAGGAGGGGAUGGAUCUUCAGAUCCAGCCAGGUCAGACAGCGACUGGGGCUCCACACCAGCUCCCUCUGCUUGAACACCUCCGCUUCCAGGUGGUCUGAGGGUCUGAGCCAACACAUGUCCCGGGUCAGGAGUACCUUGGACACCGUUUCGAAAGCUGUGAGUGGGACGCACGCACAGCUUCUGUCCAAGAUCCCCCGGCUGAAAUCGAAGGCCGUGGAGGCGCGGAAACCGACCCAGGCCGACGUUGAAUGUAUGUCAAAAGCUGAGGAAAAGGCAGUCGGCCCCGCUCCUGCUCCUGCUCCCGCUGCGUCCACUGCAUCCGGCUCCUCUGCACGCACCGCUCCUGCCUCUGAAGCGAGGACCACUACCUCCACUCCGCCCGCCGCUUCCGCCCCGGGGGCCGUCACUCCUGCGAUCGCCACGCCGCGCGACGUUGCGCCUAAAAAGCUGAGACGAGUCGCUCCCGCUGUCAAAGCCGGUUCUACCAAGAAGCCAGGGGAGCUGCCGGCCCACGCCAAUACCAUCGGGAACAAGACCACACCUUCCAAAGAAACUCCAGGACUCUUCCAUCCCGGCACCUUUUCGGCCAACCUGGAUGAGACCUAUAGCUACCUGUCCCAUCACAUCAACUCGUACUUUGGCAGCAAGGCGAAAGCCCAGGACCAGAAGAGCGACGGCCCACCUCCCUCGCAGCCUCAGCCACCCUCCAACCUCGUACCCGUGUCUGACCAGGCCGCCCCCGCCGCCCCGGCCUCCUCCAAGAAGAGCAUAGGACAGUACUGGUCCUACUCGGCCCCCACUGUGCAGGCGUUUGUCGGGAACUACAUCGUUCCCCUCGUUCCUAGAUUCAGAGCGGGAGAGUCUAAAAGCGCCGCGAAGGAGGAGGAGAAACCUGGAGGCGCGAUGGUAACACAGGUCGAAGGGCCGAUUGGGAAAGAGCCGAGCGCUGCGGAGGAGAAAGCCAAGAGGCUUCUGGUCCAACGGGAGAAGAUCAUAGCCAGGGUGAGCGUGGACAACCGGACCCGGGCUCUGGUCCAGGCUCUCCACAGAGCGUCAGACGUCAGGGUCUACAUCAGCAGGGUGGAGGACCUGAGCUACCACCUGCUGGAGUUUCCAGACACCCGCGGCGUGGCGGUCACGGAGAAGGUCAUCCCUCGUCUGCUGCGUCUGGAGCAGGCCAACGACCCGGGCCUGAGGGCUGCAGUCCGAGAAGCUCUCGCCUUAGUCGGCUAUCAUAAGCCGGUUAAAGGCCGGGGGAUACGCAUCCUGUCCAUAGAUGGAGGAGGUUUACGGGGAGUUCUUGCCCUCCAGACCUUACAGAAGCUGGAAGCCCUGACUGGCAAACCCAUCUACAAGCUGUUUGACUACAUUUGCGGCGUCAGCACAGGAGCUGUCAUAGGGUUCAUGCUGGGCGUGAUCCAGAUCCCGGUGAAAGAGUGCGAUGAUCUGUACCGGAAGCUGGGCUCAGACGUGUUCAAGCAGAACGUGAUUUUAGGCACGGUGAAGAUGGGCUGGAGCCACGCCUUCUACGACAGCGAAGCCUGGGAGAACAUCCUCAAAGAGAAAGUGGGCUCCCACAUCUUAGUGGAGACUUCAAGAAACCCCGAAUGCCCCAAGGUGGCAGCCGUGAGCACCAUAGUGAACCAGGGCCUUCCACUGAAGGCGCACGUCUUCAGGAACUACAACCUGCUGCCGGGGGUGCGCUCCCACUACCUGGGGGGCUGCCAGUACCAGCUGUGGGAGGCCAUCCGUGCCACUUCGGCCGCCCCCGGAUACUUCCAGGAGUUCAGACUGGGAAAUGAUCUCCACCAGGAUGGAGGUCUGCUGAUCAACAACCCAACAGCGCUCGCCAUCCACGAGAGUAAGUGCUUGUGGCCCGACACGCCGCUGGAGUGUGUCGUUUCGCUCGGCACAGGACGCAUCGAAACCGCCGGCAAGACCAGCACCACGUAUACGAGCCUCAAGACUAAGCUUACCAACGUCAUCAGCAGCGCUACAGAUACUGAGGAGGUUCACGCCAUGCUGGACGCCUUCCUCCCUCCCGACACCUACUUCCGCUUCAACCCCUUCGUGAGCGAGGAGGUGUCCAUGGACGAGAGCCGGCUGGAGAAGCUCAACCUGCUGCAGGCCGAGGGCGUCCGUUACCUGCAGAGGAAUGACGAAAAGCUGAGGAAGGUCGCUCGCAUCCUCACUCGAGAGAAGAGCUCCGUCCAGAGGAUGGCAGAGUGGGCCAGGCUCAGGGCCGACAUGUACAACGGCCUCUCUUCAAAGCUGUAGCAACAAAGAGAAGUGACUUUUCCCCAGCCCAAGCUCUCUCCUUCAUCCACAUUUACAUUGUCACGUUACCGUGGUUACUGUAGCAUAGUUAAUGUAUUAUUAUUUUUUUGACCAGUAGCUGUAAAAAAGAAGAAAACCUGUGUGAAAUGCAUCUAAAAUGCCAACCGCCUUCUCCACUCACCAACACUUUGACAGAUAUUCUUAGUGUUAAUGUGCCAAGAGCUUUGGCACUUCCCACGUAAGCAAUCCUCACUGCCAGCUACUUUGGCAGAUAACAUUUUAUCUGGUUACUAUGUGCGUCUUGCUUAUUUUAGCGUGAUUUUUUUUUUAAUUAAAAAUGUUGAGAUUUAGGAUCUUGCUGAAUGGUAUUCAAACAACACAGUCAAUAAGAUUUAGAGGUGUUGAGCAUGUUGACUUUCCUGCUAUUAUUAGUUUAAGGGAUAUGAAGUCAAGGCUAGCAGAGAGCUGCCAUGAUUCAAGAUAAAGGCCUGGUGAAAUUGAAAGCAUAGAAAUUACAAAGCUUGAUAGUUUUACUUCUUUCUGGUUCUAAUGCUAACAUACUGAUGUCACUUGUUGCAUAUUUGGAGACAGAAAGAUGAGUGACAUCAACGUCAGUCUCCUCUUUUCCAUGGAGUGAAGAAAGCCUUAACAGUAAAAAUAUUCAUAGCAACAUCUAAUUCCAAGAAUUAUGAGAUUUCACAAGUGAGCAGUUUUUAAUUGUGAGCUUUUUUUUUUUUUUAACAAUGAAAGAUUUAAGAUCAGAGAUUUGCUGCCAGUUUCCAGUGUCCAGUUUUAGCUCAGUCCGAUUUCACUUUCAUAAGCAUAAUUACCGGCAUUCAAUUCAUUUUCAAGUCUCACAGCUAUGAGCAGUUAUUAAUGAGUUAUAUAUCAGCUGCAAAGGUUUCCUCAACAUGUGUUUGCCGGGGAGCAAUUGCUGUAAAAUGAGUUUUUACCAAUUUAAGACAAAGACCUGAUGGUUUGAGGUUUUCCUUUUCAACUGUGGUUAGCAUCUUCUAUUAGCGAUUACCAUGUCAAGCAUUCGUAAAACGGCACUCUCUGUGUCUUUUCCCUUUUUAAAAGGUAUACAGUUAACUCUGAGAUUUGCAGAGGGCUGCUAACAUUUCCAGAUGCAGCAUGUCCCCUGGCAGACAGUGACUGAAGCCUCUAAAGGAUAAAAUGGAGCAAGUUGGCUGUAAGAUGUUCAGCCGUUCUGGUGUCUGAAGAAGGCAUCUCCAGGUCAAUUCGCUGUUUCAGCAAUUUAACAAAAAGACUAGCAAACUCAAGUGUAAAGUGACAUCCUGCAGCAGACUGCGCUUUUUCAGCCAAAACCGUAAAAGUACAAAAAGCCAAAGAGGUGAAAUAAUCGGCAUCGACCGACGUCAAGCUAGCUGUUGUAGCAGCUUCCUUUCAAACGUCCUUUCCUUUUGAAAUGGCUUUUAGCAGCUUCUCUGCUUGCCCUGACUUCAUAGCGAAACACUUUUUCUGAAAUUAGCUAAAUUAGAGUCGUCGUCCCUUUGUAACUAUGGCAACACCGAAGAGCGUUGUGGUUAGCGCGGACUGGUAGCAUGUGUUGCGCUCACUGCUCACAACAUGAUUGAAACUUUGGGUUUCUGAGCGUGAAGCCCACAGAUGAAAAAUCGUCCAUUUCAGGUAAUUCCUCGGUGCAGCUGUGUUUUAAAAUGUUUCUUUGUGACGGUAAAUACACAAACGCGUGUUUGCAGUCGCUCAGAAUAGUCAUUGCGUUUUGUUUUCCUUUAGAUUCGUUUAGAAGGAGAUAAUUAUAGCUCCCUAACUGUGGUAAAGUUUUGUGAAUGAUCUAAUCCGGGUCGAGUCGUGCACCUAUACUGCAUGUGAUAUUUCCCAGUUGAAAUGACUCAAAUUUGCACGUUUUACAAUGCAGCUAUAGGUGAACUGUGUGUGUCACACAAUUAGUAGAUGAGGGCUCACUUCAGGCAUUACAAGUAUUACAAAUAUAUAAAUUAAUAUAAGAUACUGUAGAGAUGUAAAUCACACAAAUGUUAUUUAACAGAGAUCCAAACUAAGUAGCUGUCAUGAUGUCGAUGUGUUGUUUCAACUUAAAGUUAACUUGUUUUAAACACUUUUAUAUUGCCUGUUCUUUUCCUUCAUGCCUCUCUCACUCUGUCUACAUUUGUUGGCGUUUCCUCUCUCCCAUGCUGUAAUGUUUUCUGAAACGAUGCAGGUUGUUCCUGAAGGAUUGUAUUAAAACAGACUAGGCUUUUUUUUUGUUGUUAUUCACUGGCUACAGUGGGAAAAGGGGGAUCUCUGUUUGCUGCUGUAUUUAAAGCGGGUUGUCCGUUUCCAGACCCGACCGGGUCAAGCACUGUGUAACUGGCAGACACUCCCAGAGGGACGCGCAGUAAGACGCCUACAGAUAUCGUCCUGAUUGUUUUAGUUCUUCCGUCCAUCUCCGGUUGGUCCAGUAUAAAUGCUGUUUGAUAAUGCAAUUAAAACCUAUCACUGAACCACAA